UAAUUUCAAUGGCAACAUUAUAUUCUUUGUCACUGUUGACAACUGCGCUUAGUAAUUAUUAUUAUUAAAACAGAUUGUCUAAUGGCCAAGCCUAUCCUCAUAAGUUAAAAUUUCAAUUUAUUUUAUUUUAUAUUCAAGUAAUCAUAUAAUUAAUUUAUAGACAUGGUUGUCAAAGUGUAUAUAAGCGGUAUUUCGGGAAACAAAGAGGUUAAAAAGAGACAGCAACGUGUUUUAAUGAUACUAGAUUCCAAAAAUAUUAAAUAUGAAAUAAUCGAUAUAACGGAACCUGGACGAGAGGAUGACAAAGAUUUUAUGCAAACCAAAUCAAAAUCGAAUGGAGCCACCGUAAGCGAUCCCACUCCUCGCACACCAUUGCCGCCCCAGGUGUUCAACGAUGAAGACUACUGUGGGGAUUAUGAUCAAUUUGACUUAGCUAAUGAAGUAGAUACAUUAGAGCAAUUCUUGAAAGUAGAGGCGCCACCUGAAGAAACUCCAACAGAAAACAGGGCAAACGCUGUUAAUGGAGAUGUUCAAAACAAUGAAGAAGAACAAAAAUUAAAACAAAACUUGGAAAAUACAGAAAAUAAAGAAGACACUGAUGAAAAUAGAGCUGACACGAGAGAAACCUCUGCUGAUGCUAUUAAUGACGUUGGAAAAGACAAUUUAGAAAAAGAGGCUUCUGUAGAGAAAGAGGCUUUGCCUGUUAGUCAAAAGCAAGACAAUGAUGAAGCUACAGAAGAUAAACCGGACAAAUCAGCUGAUGAGACUGAAGUUGAAUCCAAACAAAUUUCAAAAGAAAACACACCAGCCCCAGAUGAUGCUGUCAAUGAAAAUGGAGCAAUCAGUUCACGUGAGCAGUCAGCAGAAAAAGAAGAAGUAAAAGAACAGAAAGCAGAUGAUCCGUCUGUAGCCCUCAUCCAGAGUGAGCAGGUGGCUUCCACGGAGUAGUGGAUAGAAGUUCUUCUUGCUAACAGCUCAAAUCAUCUAUUUAGCACUAAGGAAGCACUAUCCAUCGCCAUUGUGUUAUUUAUAUUGCAUUGAUCAUCUUUUGGCACAUAUUAUUAAGCUCUUGUAUAUAAUGCAAUUAAUUAUUUGUUGAUUUAUGUUACAUUUCGACAAUUAAAUGUUGCUAUGAAGUGGCCUAUUUAAAAGAAAUGUAAGAGAUUGAUCUAAUAUUUAUGUGUAAUUUAAGAGUUUAUUAACGAGUUUAUCCCUUAUAAGGCAUAUAUUAUUUUAAAGUAUUAAUCUAUGGAUUUAUUUUCAAAAUUUUAAUAUUAUAUUAACCAUUUGUUUAGAGUGCUCAUUUAUCAAGAAACUCAGUGAGUAACAUGACAUUAUUCUUAGGAAAUGUAAGACUAUUAUAUUUAGUCUAAGGUGCUGAUUUUAUAUUUCUUUUACACUUAUUAAUGGGCAUUCUUUUAAAUGAACUUUGCUUUUGUCUUUGUUUUGUAGUUUUAUUUUAUUCAUUAUUUCAUAAAAUUAAUAAUUUUAAAGACAAAUAUACUAAUUUUAUGUCAUGUCAAUUAUAUUAUUGCCACACUAUUAAAACCUUUUAUUUUAAUACAUUACAUAAUGAUGUAAAUAUUACUGCUGCCUUUAAAUAUUAGGUUUCCUUGGACACGCUAGAUAUUGUUUAUUUUUAAAACACUAGUAUGCUGCUUAAUUACAAAACGUGAACAUAUUCAUUUGAAUGUAUAAUCAUUUUGAUAUGUGAAAUAUACUAGCACCUUUUAUUAAUUAAAUAUUAUUUGAAAUUUGAUAAAAUAAAGCAUUAAUGUAACUAUUGUCAUUCACUUAUAAUAAAUUAGCCACGAAACCAUUUAAAAAAUCAAAUACAAUACAUACUGCGAUCACUC